GGUGACUUGGCCCAUCGAAGUCACAUGAUUUGUUCACGUAAACAUGGCGUGCAGGCGGAACGGAGCUGACCGUGUUAGAAGUUUUACAGAGGUUUUAGAUCUUUUAAAGAUGUUUUUGCUUUUGUUUUGUAUGUUUACGGCCGUUCGAGCAGAAAUACGAACGGCUGUGAUCGACAAGCAAACCGGACAGCUGUCUGUCAUAGAGGGAUAUCAGGAGGAUUUUGUGGCUUGGGCGAAUUUCACUGAUGAUAUUGAAACGUCAGGCUGGUCUUUCUUGGAGGUGACUACCAGCAGUCGGUACAACGACAGCAUCCAGGCUUACGCUGCAGGUGCAGUUGAGGCUGCAGCAACGUCUCCGCUGAUCUAUAAACACUGGAUGAACACUCUAAUGGGUUACUGCGAACCCUUGAUGUAUGAAUCUGCCUACUGCGAGCGCCUUAAGUCUUUCAUCAUAACCAACAUGCAGUGGAUUCAGGACCAAAUAGAGAAUAAUCCAAACUCACCCUACUGGUACCAGGUGCGUCUGACAUUGUUGCAGCUCAAAGGUUUGGAGGACAGCUACAAUGAUCAGCUGUCUUUGCCAAUAGGGUCAUUCUCUCUCAACCCAUUUGGCUUCCUACUUUUCCAAAUGGGCGGAGACCUUGAGGACCUGGAAUCGGCUCUGAAUAAAUCCAGUCAAACCCGACCCAUUGGCUCUGGCUCCUGCUCUGCACUGAUUAAGCUUCUGCCUAACAAUAAGGAACUGCUGGUGUCACAUGACACCUGGAACACCUACCAGGCCAUGCUGCGCAUAAUGAAGAAAUACAUUUUUUCCUUUAAAGUUUCUCCUCUAGACAACUAUGUUCUUCCUGGAAGAACUCAGGCAUUCUCAUCCUACCCUGGAUCCAUCUUCUCUGGGGAUGACUUUUACAUCCUAAGCAGCGGCUUGGUUACUUUGGAAACCACCAUUGGCAACAGCAACCCUGCUCUCUGGAAAUAUGUUCAGCCCACUGGAACAGUCAUGGAGUGGCUGAGAAACAUUGUUGCAAAUCGGCUCGCUGCUACUGGCAAGGACUGGGCAGAAAUCUUCACGAAGUACAACAGUGGAACUUACAACAACCAGUGGAUGAUUGUCAACUACAACCUCUUCACUCCAGGGAAGACUGACAUCACAGAAGGGCUCUUUGUCGUGCUGGAGCAGAUUCCAGGACUCGCCAUUUACGCUGAUAAAACUCAGGAACUGCUGAAGAAAGGAUACUGGGCUAGUUACAACAUACCGUACUAUGUGGAAAUAUUUAAUAAGAGUGGCUGCAAUGAGUUGGUUGAGAAGUUUGGCCCGUGGUUCUCUCUGGACCAGAAUCCUCGGGCUCAGAUUUUCCAGAGAAACCAGACAGAUGUUACAGAUGUGGACUCGAUGGUCCGCCUGAUGAGGUAUAAUAACUUUAAGGAAGAUCCACUCUCAAAGUGUGACGGCUGUGAUCCACCUGAGAACGGAGAGAAUGCGAUCUCAGCGCGGUCAGACCUGAACCCAGCUAAUGGAACAUAUCCAUUUGGCGCCUUAAAGCAGAGACCACACGGAGGAACAGACAUGAAGCUGACCUCCUACGAGAUGUUUCGAGAGUACGGCAUGGUGGCAGUGAGUGGUCCAACCUGGGACCAAGUGCCACCCUUCCAGUGGAGCGCUUCCCCCUACAAAGACCUGCUACACAUGGGUCAGCCUGAUGUAUGGCGUUUCAAGCCUAUAAAAGUCACCUGGACUCCUUAACUGGCAUCAGUAGUUCCAGCUCUAUGAUGUUUGACAAAGGGAAAUGGCAUCACUGCUUCUCACAAAAAUCUUUAAGUGGUACAGAGAUUAAUAAUGUACCUCUAUUUGAAUAAGAAGACAGAAAAUUAGAUUUUUUUUUUUGCAUUUCUCUUUCUCAUGCAAAAUAUGUGAAAAUCAUUAUAAUAAACCCAAUAAAUAUGCACCUUUCUGUGGAGAAAUCA